UAAAGUGUAUAGAGAAGAAAAGAUAUUUCAUGUUUCUGCACUAGUUUCAGGAUGAUUUCAGCACCUGUGCGCAUGUCAUAUUUAGGCGCCUGGUGUUUUUGGUGCAGAGAGAGUGUCCUCAGUCGACCUUGUGUUCUGUUUUCAGUGCAGGGUCAUGGAGUAGGCUGAACCGUCACUGUGUAUGCAACAAGGGGUCAAUUUGAGACACGCUGUAGAUUGACAGAGUAGAAAUAGGGGCUGAGCAGACAGAGAGGUCACUGCUUUAAUUGGAAUACUAUAAACAGCUAAAAGAGGAUGAUGAGGAUGGAAACAGUGUUUGAAAUAAAUAGCAUAACAAGUGUGUUGCAGUCUUCCAAACGAGCAGCCACAAUGAUUCACAUCUUAUUUCUUCCACUUUGUGAAAUAGUAAAUAACGGCGUGUCAUAUUCAGAGUUUUUGCAGGGUAAGCUUGUGCUUUGCAAAGCUUCUGCCUUUAACCUUUGACUUCCAGUGUCAGGCUAAGGUCAGAGCUUGUUUGUUUCAUGUAUCUGAAACUCCUCCAGUACUCAAACAUGCAGAGAGUGUGUGUGUGUGUGUUUGUUCAUGUGUGCUUAUAUAAUAUAUAAUAUGCAAUAAACAUACUUGUGUACAUGGUUAUGGUCUCAACCCAAACUUGUUUAAUGUCAUUGAACCUGUUUGGUGUUUAUUGUCAGGGAAUGAAACCCGUUACGAAGGACGGAUUGUUUUACAAGGAGGUAUAAAAUCUUGGAGUUUCUUGACCUGCAGUAACACUGUGUGACCUAUAUAAAUUUAGCCUCAUGACCGUGAAUCUGCUAACUAUCCACAAAUCUGACGUGUAGUGUGUAUUAAUUGUUACAAAUUGUUAUAAAUUUCAAUAGUAUGUACUAUGUAUGUACCUUGAUUUUGAUUGUCUGGCUCAAAGACAGUUGAAGGGAAAGGGCUUCUCUGUUGUAAUGCCGGUGGCUGUAUGUUAAGUCGUAUGGGAAAUCUGGGGCUGAGUAUUCGGCUGUACUGCUUUCAGGUGCGAUGACAUUGGAUGAAUCUGAGCUAGCUUAUGACAUGUGCAUUUGAAACUUUAGCUUACUGUAGCUUUAAGCGCCUCUAUGGAUAUCAUAUUCUUGAAAAUGUAUGUCUUUUAACUUUUCAUUUGUGAUGUAGUGUAUAUUACUUAUUGUAAAUUAAUAUAUGUAAUUUAAUUAUGAGCAGGACAUGUUAUUCAUGCAUAAAUCGUAUGACAUUUGUUGGUUUUUAUAGGGCAAGACAGAUAUGAAGCACAAUUCUUUACCUAGUGCAGUUUCUUUACUUUAGUGCAGACUAAAAUGUCCUGUUUUUACACACUGUUCAAAAUCAAUGACUUCAUUUACAACACAGACCAUCAGAGAAGCAUUUGAGUAUUAUUUGCUUAACCUGGUAUGACCGGUAGCAAUCGACCCAAUCAGGUGAAGAGGUCAGACUGCUUUGUAGUCAGACUAGUUUAUGACUGAAACUAACAGUUUAGCUAGCUGACGUAGCCAUGACAAAACAGUUAGGAACAGUAAUAUUUCUCACAGACAGGUUGGAAAAUCACUAUGGAAACCAUCUUUUUGACUAAAAUGACACUGUAAUUGCACUUAGCAUGGGCUGCAAACUGAACUUUCGUGGAUUCAGCCAAACUUUACUACUUGUGAACUCUGAGCUCUCGUAAAAUUUUGACUUCACUUGUGGAAAAAAUACAAUGACAGCCAAAGUUUUAAAGGUUAAACCAAGUUUCUAAAUAAUAACAAGCCAAUGUUUUGAGAUUCUGCCACACACACACACACACACCUGAGGGUAAAGAAAGCAAUAUAGAAUUAUAAGGAUGUUAUUUUAGGAUAGGUGUUAAAGCCCAUAGGCAUUAAUCAUGUUUCAGCAUGAGUCCUGUGCAGUCUGACUAGCCAGCAUGUUGGAGUCAGUCAUUGGCAGAAUUGUGUCUUUUGGAGACUGAAAAGAAAUAAUAAUUUUAAAAAAAGACAAACCGGGAAUUAAUAAAGCUAAACUAUCAUAAAAAAGACUAGGUAACACAUGGUAUGGUGUAUGCUAUGCUACAGGAUGAUGCAGUUAGGAGGCGCAUGCUUAUGUCAGAGGUGUCUACAGCAAGUUUUACACUGUGUGAUUACUGCAGUCUUUUAGGAUUAUUACUUUUCACACUGUACUGGAUGAUCCCAAUAAAAUCUUGAAUUUUACAACAGACUGUGUUACAAUUAUAUAAUCCAUGUCAGAUUAUAUGAUGUGGAACUGUGAUUAAAGCAACUCACUAUGUUCUGCUUACGGCAUCAACCAGUGUGAUUAUGGCUUGUAAAGAAAACGGGCAAGACACAGAAACAAGUCUUCAGUGCAUUAUUAACAGUGUUAUAUAUGGAAAAAACAUGGUUUAAAAGGUGAUGAAGAGGAGUUUGGAGCAGUUCAUGCCUGGUUCUCACCUCUGACCGCGUGGAGCAGAUGACCAAGACGUACAAUGACAUCGAAGUGGUCACACACCUGCUGGCCGAGCGGGAUCGGGAUCUGGAGCUGGCUGCUCGGAUAGGUCAGUCUCUGCUGCAGAGGAACCAUGUUCUUCAGGAGCGCAAUGACUCGCUGGAGGAGCAGCUCGCGCAGAUGCUGGAUCAGGUCCAUCAGCUGCAGCAUGAGCUGAUGAAGAAGGACGAGCUUUUGCGAAUGGUGUCAAGUGUGAGUGAAGAGAGUGAGACAGACUCCAGCUCGUCUCCAUCGCUCCCCCUUGCUCCCUCUAAUCACACGCUCACACACACACUGACACUCAGCCAGCUGGAGGUGCUGCAGAGCAAACUGCAGGAGCUCGAGGAGGAGAACCACAAACUACGGGUAGAGGCAAGUCAGCUGAAGAGGGAGACCAUCACAUAUGAGGAGAAAGAGCAGCAGCUGGUCAGCGAUUGUGUUAAAGAGCUCCGUGAGUCGAACACUCAGAUGGUGAGUCUGACUGAAGAACUUUCUCAGAAGAACGAGGAUCUUAUGAAACAGCAGGAGGAAAUCUCCCAGCUCCUGUCACAGAUAGUGGAGCUCCAACAACGCCUCAAACAGUUAGCACUGGAGAAAGAAGAGCUGAGGAUUCAUCUGCAAGCCUCAAAGGAUGCCCAGCGACAGCUAACCACUGAGCUAAAUGAGCUGGCCGACAGGAAUGCGGAGUGUGUAGGGAUGCUGCACGAGUCUCAGGAGGAGGUUAAGGAGCUGCGCAGUAAGAACACUCCGUCUGCAGGCCUGCGCAGGCAUCUCUCUCAUAGCCUCUACCCCAUGGAGUGCCUGGCGGCUGAGAUUGAAGGCACUAUGAGGAGGGAGAUGAGUGUAGAGGAGGAGAUUGCAUUUCAGGACCAGAGGUCGAGCCAUAAGCGUGUGUUUCAGACAGUGAGGUCAGCGAAUGAGUCAAUAAUGCGAGCAGCAGCAGGGACACAUCCUAUUCCUGGGUCAGGGCACUGCAGUGUGGUGAUGACGUCACAGCCGUUUCACUCCAACACACACCCCACACCUGACGGAGACAUACAGCACGGCACGGACAAUGCAUAUGUGGGCCGCCCCGGCUCUCCUGGAGGAAGUGACCUCGUCUCUGCACUGCGUCGCCUCACUCUGAGGAGGCAGAACUUCCUGUGUGAGCGUCAAUACUUUCAGGCCGAGAGGAACAGGAAGCUGCAGGAGCUCUCAGACGCGGUGGAGUCAGAGGGUGGCGGGAGCGGCUACAGCUCUCCAACGGGAAGCGUCCGUUCAUCCUUUUCCAACCUAUCAGAGUUCUCCGUGUCCUCCAGCUGCUUUAAGACGUUUUUGCCCGAGAAGCUGCAGAUUGUAAAGCCCAUGGAAGGCUCUCUGACCCUGCACCACUGGCAGCAGCUGGCAAAGCCUCACCUGGCCUCCAUCCUCGACCUGCACCCAGGUGUAAUCACUAAGGGCUUUAGGCCCCUCCCCCAGGAUGCUGUGUAUCACCUCAACGACCUGGAGGAGGAUGAGGAGAACGACAGAACUCCAUGGGUGGACAUCACAAAGAAGCGAGAUGAGAGGAAGAUGGGAGAGGAGGGUGAUGAUGAAGGGAUCACGUUCAAUGUACACUCAUCCUCUACUCCAGAGGGAAGCAAAGAGAGGAUUUUUUUCACACCACUUAAAGCCCCGCCUCUUUCGCCAUCUAUAAGAGCGUCUCCUGUCUCACUGGCUGCAGCUGUGACCUUUGACACCUUAGUAAAAUCUGCGGCAGGGUCGACGGCUCUUCCUGUGUCCCAGCCAAGCCUGAGCGUUACUACAACAGCGCCCUCUAUAGCAGUGAAUCCUGGUAAGUGUCAGAGCACCACCUUCUCCACCUACACCUUCACCACCUGCCGCAUCCUGCACCCCAGUGAUGUCACACAGGUCACACCCAGCUGUGCAUCCACCCCGAGUUCCCUCCGCUCCGUUCCCUCCACCCCGGUCACUCCAUGCAGGUUAAGUCUGGGUGACUCGUUUCCUCCUCGUCGCACCACAGCUCCCCCUACUGGUCUGGCUAAGCUCCUGUUAGAGAAAGGUAUCUCUGCCCAGAAAGUUCCUGCUCCCUCCAGACUGCCCCAGCCCCUGCACCUGCCACCCAAUACCCCUCCCAACUCCCCAUGCCCCUCCCCUGUACCCUUCGAGUCAACCUCCACAAUUCCUGACAACUUCCUGGCAUCGCGGCCAGCUGAGCUCUUCCUGCAGGACGUAUACGGCGUGAAACCCGACCUCGUUGAGCGUCUGCGCAAGCUCGGAUUGGACAAAAACAUCAUUCGGACAGACUCGGACACUGCUCACCAGUCAUCCACUCUGUUACCGACAGGAGGAGGAAGCUUAUUGGUCGGUUUGAGGCGGAACCAAAGCCUGCCUGCUAUGGUUGGUCAACGCAGCCCAUCCUACCCUGCUCCCCCCCCUCACCCCACCUCCCUCGCUCUGCCUACACCAUCCUGGGGUAACUUGAAACCACAGCCUACUCGUAGACAUGCCUCCCUUUCUCAAGCUCCUCCUCUUCCAUAUGAGCAUUAAAGAGUUGUUCGUGGUUUUGGGCGAAAAAGGGAUUGGUGAUUGGAUGAAAAUAUAUUUUGUGGGCGUCGCCGGGGGGGUGGAAUAAUCACUGACCUUUCUUAACCUUUGCUCGCCUUCCUAUAAACUAACAAUAGACUAAAAGGCAUGAAGAAGAGAUGGCCGCUCUUUUGUUGUGGUUUAUUUUAAAAAGCACAAUUGUGUAAAUAGAUUUUUGGCUUAGUUAUAGGCCUAGUUGUACGUAGCAGCAGGAAAUAUUGCAUGUCCUGAUUUGACCUGGGUCAAUAAGGGUGAAGCUUAAGGGGUGGAUCUCACUUGAGCACAUGGCCUCACCAUUAGCUUUUUUCCAUUUAAUGUAGCUUGAAAAUACUGGUUUCAUCACAUAAUAUAGUAGAAUAUGUAAUGUUAGCUAUCUUGCUAGCAAACUCGACAAUAUGUUAGCCUAACUUUAGCUAGCAUCCUAGCAAAAUUGUUUCCAGGAUCUAAUCCCGCAUUAUAAUAUUUAGCUCCAUGGUAUCUUUGUAAAUAGCUUACCUAACCAUAGCUAGCUUGCUAGGAAACAUGACUAGCUAUGUAUGAUUAUAUGGCUACUGUUUGGUUAAGAGGUAGUUAGUGGGGUAGCUGGCUAAUGUUAGAACAGUUAUGUAUUUAGCUAGCUGCCUAUAUUAGCAAAUUAGACUGGAUUGUGUAAAUAAAACCAAUAUUUUAUGCUAAGCGCCGCCCUUGUUGACUCAGGAAUGAGGACAUGCAGGAAUCAUUGAUCAAAAUUUUAUUUUUCCCCAUUAAAUAUGACUAUUUUGCUUUCACAGUUCACUCUUUCCACAUUGAAGCAGUCAUUCUCAGUCUUUAACCUCAGCUGAAGUCACGCUGUACGUUUAUCCACAAGGCUCUGCAGGUUGAGAAAGGUGAGAGAACGUCGAUCAGGGAUACUGCACGUAGGGUGGAGUGAUCAAGGGAAUAAGGAAAGUGUUAUGGAGUGAAAAUUAGCAGUUCACAUGUGGAUUUAUUAAAGUAUAGAGGGUUUGUGGUAAGUCGAACAGGAGCAAGAUAAAGAUGGAUCAUGAAGGUGAAUUGAAGGAGAUGAACAUGGGAUUAAAAAGUAGAAUAAGAGAAAUAGGAAUAAACGAAAUGAUGAGCUUGCAGAGCCUCAGGAAAGAAAGCGUGUCAACAUUAAGUAGUACUUUAAUUCAGUGCCAGCUAGUUUUAGUAUUGCUGAUGUUACUGUGUCUACAACUCCUCACCCAGCAUGCACCUCUGCCUGGUAUUCUAAUCAUAGUUUUAAACCCUAAAGCACAUUUUACAGUGGGAUUUCAUGAUCACUAGUCUAUCAGGGAUUUAAAGGUGCAUUAGAUAAGAUUAGACUUUUUUAUGAUUGGGCCUCUAAAGAUUAGGUAGGUUCAGCAUUUGAAUGCUGUCUGCCCAUGUUCACAAAGUUCCGCCCCCAGGAUAUCCGUUGGCCUGUAGAAUGUCUAUAUAAUGACUGACUGAAAGCGUAUCCAACCACAAACAAGCAUUCCAGCCUGGAAGACAGUUUUCCAAAUGAGUUUUCUCUGCGACUUAAUACACUUUUGCUCAGGCCAUGGCUUAAUCCAUUGUUUGUUUGUUUUUAUCAUGCUCUACAUAUCAUUCAAGUUACUUGUACUUGUGAGGAAUAAAAAAAAUUGUCUAUUGCAACUUUUAAAGCUGCUUGAAGAAACAGUAAUUUUAGGGACUUUAUGUUCAGGGAGCGAGAAGAGGGUGGGAACAUGCUCGUCUUGCAUAUUUAAUUUGUAUUGUGUUUAUUCUAAAGGGAACGUGCACCAGUUUGCCUUACAUUUACACACACACGCGCACACACACACACACACGGUGGCACAGUAGCUCAAUCCUGAGAUCGCGUUACUGUCUGCCUGGAGAAUGCAUGUUCCCGUGUCUGUGUGGGUAUCGGCUGGGUUCUCCGGUUUCCUCCCACUUCCCAAAAACAUACCCAUAGGUGGACUGGCUACUCUAAAUUGCCCCUAGUUGUAGAUGAGUGUGUGAAUGUGUGUGCAUGGUCCCCUGUGAUGGACUGGUGUCCCAUCCAGGUUGUAGUCCUGCCUUGGAUAGGCUCCGGAUACACCACAACCCUGACCAGGUCAUUAACACUCUUCAUUAGUACUACUUCAGUACAGUGUGUUCUGAUUGGCUGAGAGCAGUAACACAUAACGCACAAAUAUCACUAUCGGUACAAACCAAUCCGAAUGGUAUUUUCUCCUGACUCUCAGUUGUGACUCUGUGACCUUCCACCAUCGCCUUUGAUGUUUCUUCUUUUUCCCAUUCAAUGCACUUUUUAUUUUAACCCACUAACAUAAUGAUAUUUAUUACUAAAUGACCAUGUAGUAUCUACAAGCAAGAGAAUAUAACCAUAAACUAGUGGCAUGAAGUAAUUUUAUUAAGCACUUUUAUUUAGCAGAGGUAUUUCAUAAUAUAUGUUGCUUAUGAAUUUAUUUCUGUGAGUUUAAAAAGGGAUUCACUUUCAAAACCUUUUUGUCCUGGUCCAAACCAAAAAGAACAUCAUUUGACCAGUGUUUUUGCUGGUUGGGCUUUAUUACUGUUAUUACUGUUACUGUUAUUAUUAUUACUGUUAUUAUUCUUUUGUGUAAACUAAACUUGUAUGUCUGUUGUUGCCAAGUCUUGCUUUUUGUGCCAUUUUUAAUAGUCAUUGGAUAAUGCACUGAAAUGGGGCGGGGCUUGUAAUGUCACCAAGACAUCGGCUUUAGAUAUUUAUCAUUUAAUAUAGUGGAAAUAAUUUGCUGAAUGAAUUAAUUGCCAUGUGAUGUACUGUACAGGAUUUACACAAUGUUGGAAUUAUUGCAAAGAAUGUAGUCUGGCACUGGAGCUACAAGGCUAAUGUUCCUAACAAGUACAAGGCCUUUUCUGUGUAUACAUACACAACUUUUUAUAUACUUGCUUAAAUCACAUUAAUAAAUAACAAUAUAAUUUUUAAAUACACCAUUUUUAACAAAUAUUAUAGAUAGUAUAGCCUGCAAUUAAGAAAAUUAGGUUUAAAGUUUAAACUAUAGUAUACCAUCAUCUAUCAUCAUCACUUUCAGCUUUCUGGUGGCUGCUUUCAAACUUUCCGACGAUUCUGGCUGUCCAAAAUGGCUGCCCAUGGGCGAUAUUUUGUUCAUGUUUAUGGGUUACAAGAAGUCCCACUGUGUCCUAAUAACAUAUUUUUGGAAAAGAUUUUGCAUGAGAAAGACUAGCUUUGUAGCUCCAGUCCAAAACUAACACAGUUGGACACAGAACAUGUCUUAGCUGGCAUCGCACCGCUACUCUCCUCAUCCUCACGUCUUCUCAGUCACUCAGGAUGACCGAUGGAGAUGAUGUGUUUGUGAUGACGUGUUUAUGAUGUUCAUUUGAUAAGCACAGAGAUAUGACUGUUGCCUUGUCUAAACCCUGAUCAGUGCUGUUUUGUUGCCUCCUUUUUUUUAAAUAAAGCAAUGACAAAUGUAAA